CCCAACAGCUGCUGGCUAUUGUACAGUACUUGUAAAAACAAGUACUUCAGAGACACAACGACUCGUUUCAGAUAUCCUAUUUUAAGUCUUCUGAUUUGAAUAUUUAGUUUUCCUCGCCGCAAAGAUGACAGAGAGACAGUUUCGCGCCGUUGUUUAUUGAUAUUUUAACUAUUAGCUCUUAGCACCUCAAUGGUUAGGAAGCUUUUACGUCUCGCCUUUACUACGGAAAUUAUUUAAACUACUGGUAAGCUAUAUGGGCGCGUUGUCUUUUAUUCCGGGUUAUACAUGUUUCUACCUGUGACUACAUAAAGUCAAAAGUUGAGUUAAAACCUAGUUUUUCAGGAGUUCAGUUUAGCUAGCCCGGUUAGCGUCACGGCUAAAGGUUAGCUCUCACAGAUUAGCUUAGCUGUCUAAUUGGAGGCUGUUUCAAGUCAAAAGGUGCUUCAUCUUUGUGAACAGAGGCAAUUAUUGGGCGAUGCCAAUGGUAAGGGAAAAGCCCAGAAAUGUCAGGAAGUACACGUGGACACUCAAAUCUCAGCGGUGUAAGAAGAGCGGACCCCUGUCCCGACCAGCCCGGACCAUCGUGACCCGCAGCCGCUGCAUCGACUGCUGCACCACCAACAACUUCUUUAACAGCGUCCCUGCGGAGGUGCUGCACAUGAUCCUGGACAAACUAUCCGUGCUGGACAUCAGCGUGUUCAGCAUGGCAUCCAAGGAAAUCACAAGGUAUGUGGUGGACUACAUAUCCACUCAGGCAUGGAAGAAUAAAACCAUCAUCCAGAGCUUUCACUCAACGUGCCUCGAUCCCAGUUCCACUUUUGGACACUACAGAGACCUGGGUUUGUUGUUCAAGAGGUGUACCCUGUUGCUACCCACAAAGGACAGGUUAAAGUUUAUCUUUAGCAAGUUAUCACAGAUUCCCUGCUUUAUGUUGGAGCAGUGUUUAGCACCAGCCUGCAACGGUUUCUCAAGCUAUGGAGUCUUCCUCCAGACACUGAUCGCGGGGUGGGAUGAGCUGGAGUGCCACCGAGUCUUCAACUACCUGUGUGAACUCACAAACCUGCUGCCAAAAAUCGAAGCAGUAAUCACCGCAAGACCAGGAUCAAAGUGGUACCAGGAGCUGCAGCUUCGUCUGUUCUGCCGUCAGGUUCUUUUGGACUCGUGGUCAAACCAGCCAGAGUGUCAGUUCUGGCUCACGCAGCUCCUGAAGCCUUGGCCCAUGGUCAGCCAGGCCCACCUACUGUUCAUCCUCUACGGACCUCUGCUGCCUGAGGGUAAACUUGGCUGGCAGGACGUAGUGGAGAGGGGAGCGCCUCAAAGCGCCCUGUGGGACCUGGCCAAGGCCAUUCUCAUGAUUUUCGGCAAACUAGAAGUCAAAGGCUGGACCACUGACUCGAUUCUGGCAAUCUUUGAGGAGCUCAUUGUCAUCCCUCUGCCGUGGCACGUGGAGAAUGUAGCUCGUCUUCUGGUGCUGUGUGGCAGCUCUCUCUGCUACACUAUUCUGGCAAGCAAAGCCCUGAACGGCCGACUCUUCGAGGUCUCGAGACUCAUCGUCUACAUCAUACUGGUGUGUGAGAAGGAUGGUUAUCACAUGAGCUGGGCGGUGAAGUUGGUGCAGCAGAUCUGCAAGGUCUUCAACACAGCUCCUGAAAGGUUCUGCUUCAUCCAGCAACUGGAGAGCACGUUUUCAGAAGUCACCAGGGAGUUCUUUGAGUUUUCCGUCGCAGGGAACCACUUUGAGGACAGAGAGACUUUCCAAACCCUGUGUAUCCUCCUGGACUCCAGCGCUCGCUUCCACACUAAAUUCCUCCACAUGUUCCUUAAAUAGGAGUUAAUGCAGAUUAAAAGUAAUGUGGAAGAGAUACAGUAAAUGCCAAUAAUGAAGGGGGAUAACUAAUGCAGGCAAUAGAGGCUCUUUACAGAAAGAGAGUCGAACACAGCUCUGAACAUGGGGAUCUUAGAGAAAGCUGAGGUUUUGGUUGACAGCAACUCUGCCGUUGUUGGUUGAGCAUAGAGCUGUUUAAAUACUCUGGUUAAAUACUCUGUAUGGUUAUAUACACAAACAAUAUAUUUGUUUCAGUUUCUUACAAUCUUGUUCUUAAAUCAUCUUAGAUGUUAACUUUUAUACAGUAUUUAAUAUUUAUUCCAUUUUAUUUAUUCAGGAACACUGUAUAUUUGACAGUUUAUUUAUUCACCUUGAACUCCUCUGUGUGCAUAGAGUUGCGACGGAGCAGCUACAUUUUUUCUUUUGUUUGUUUUUUUUUGUAUAAUUUAUUAAACUGGCAUUUUAAAAUGUU